CCUCUGCAAAAGUCUCCAACCGCCGCUGGUCUCUCUCCUCUCCUCUCCUCUCCUCUCCUCGAGACAACACAGCUACUAGAGGCUAGAGCUAGCUCUCGCUUCUCCUCCUCGGCUGGGCAGGCUGCAUUCGCAUUCCAUUUCACCUCGCUGCGGUUUACCUCUCCCUUUCUCUCACCUUCCUCGCCCACCUCCGUCGCCUCCUCCUUAAGCAACGACGCGGCGAGCGACCCGCGACCCUAACCCUAGGGAAGAGAGAGAGCCACCACCAGCAGCUGGGCCGACCGCACCCACCCACUCAGCGGCGGCAAUGGCGGGGCGCCCCCUCACCCCUCGCUCGUCGGCGGCGGCCGGCCGGUAUGCGUGAGAUCGCGGCGCCGGAUGGGGAAGGACGCCGGCGAGGCGCAGCAGCCGCCGGACGGGGCGGGCGGCGGCGCAGGCGGAGGCGCAGGAGGAAGCAGGGCCGGUAGCGCCCGCCGCUUCUGCUGCUGCGGAGGCGGAGGAGGAGCGGCGGCGAGGGUGGUUCGGCUGCAAUGCGUGGCGGCGCUCGUGCUCGGGGUGGCCGUGCUGCUGUCGGCGCUCUUCUGGCUCCCGCCCUUCGCGGGGCGGGGCGGCGCCAAGGAGGGCCCGGAUCCGGGCGACGAGUUCGGAGCUGCUAUAGUGGCAAGCUUUAGGCUACACAAGACAGUUCCUGAGCUGAGUGGAAAUAAAUCCCAGCUUGAACUGGAUAUAUAUGAGGAAGUUGGCAUUCCUAAUUCCACGGUGGUUGUGAAUAUGCUACAUCCAUUAGAUGGAUCAAACUGGACAAACAUCAUCUUCAACAUUGUUCCUUUCCCAGAGAACAUGACUAUAUCAUCAACAUGGUUGAGCAUUCUUAGAUCAAAGUUCAUGUCCUUGGUUGUACGGCAGUCAACAAUCCACUUGACUGAACCUCUAUUUGGGAAUUCAUCAUCCUUUGAAGUAAUUAAAUUUCCAGGAGGAAUAACAAUCAUCCCUCCACAAACUGCUUUUCUUCUUCAGAAGCCCCAUGCUACCUUUAAUUUUACUCUGAACUAUCCGAUCUACAAAUUACAAGACAGAACCAACGAGUUAAAGGAUCAAAUGAAGGCAGGACUACUACUCAAUCCAUACGAGAAUCUGUAUAUCAAAUUGACAAAUUCACAAGGUUCAACGAUUCUCCCUCCAACAAUUGUUGAGACCUCCAUUGUCCCCAAAGUUGGAAAUAACCAGCCAUCUGUACCAAGGAUGAAGCAGUUAGCACGAACAAUUACCAAUUCAUCGUCAUCCUCGGGAAACUUGGGUCUGAAUCAUACAGUAUUUGGCAGGGUAAAGCAGAUUAGCCUUUCAUCCUAUCUCAGGCAUUCCUUACAUAGUGGAGGUGGUUCUGAUGCACCAAGUCCUGCACCCAUGCAUCAUCAUGGUCAUCACGGCCAUCAUCACCAUCACCACAGUCAUUACGACAACAGGCAUCCAGCUCCUGCUCCUGCUCCAGUACAUUUUCCUGUGCCGCAACCCAGAUAUAGUGCUCCACCUCCAUCUGGGUGUCCAUACAGCAAAAACAAGCCAAAGAAAAGAGAGCCUGUUACACCAGCUGCUGAGCCUGCAGCUAAUGAUCACCGAUCUGCUUCCAUUGCUUUACCACCACAUCCAUCGUCGCCUUCGCCUGCUAGUCGUUCUCGACAUGGUCACAGUACACAGGGUGCAUCCCCUGUUCCUUCCCCUCCUGCUCUACCAGAGCCACCUUUGCCCACCGUUUCUUUUGCUCAUCCACAUCCUCCAAGUGAACAUGGAACAGGGACAAGUCCUGCUCCAAGUGAAGAGGCAACACGAGCGGGUCCUGCUGGGAUGUCACAAGUGGCACCUGCACCUCAUUCAUCUUACGCCACCAGGAUGCAGGGCAAUGUUCCCUGCCGCUGGGUCGUUUUUGUCCUUGCGUUAUGUACCCUAACAAGCCUGCUACGAUGAAGGAAGUAAGUGGCUGGCCAACUAGAUGUAUAUCAGCAACCGCGGUGGCCACUGUUGUAUGUACCAAAAAGAGAAGAGGACCCAUGGUGCUCCAACGGCGGCUUAUCUGGUUCCGGCCCGGCCAGGUGAUCAUCAGCUCCCGGGGGCGGGUGGGCAAAGGCACAAGGAAGCUGAGAGCUCACCGCUCUUGAGUCUUGCCCCUUCGGUGGGAUGUGUCAUCCUCUCGUUGCUAGUAGUUAUCAGUUGUCACUGCAUGUAAAUAUGGAGGGAUGGGAUGGGUAUAAAAGGCAAGGCGAACCGCAAGACGGGCGGCCGCGCGUGGUGGUCAAAGCCACAGGGGGUGGCAGGCCCUUGUGUAGCGCGCGCGCCUCUGGUCAGGUCUGCUGCCGUGUGUGUAGUGUACUGCUGCUCCUGCUCCUCCGGCGGGCUCGUCAAAAGUGUAAAGACCUCCAGUUUCGUGGAGGUUCGUUUCGCAGCCAUCCACGCUCACUUCUGCUGUGCUAUCCUAUCAGUGUUUCAUGGUGCUCUGAUCUUACCGUGCUUAAUGCCAUAGAAUGAAAUCGUCGAGCUCUGUGAUCGGUGGUCACGGUCACGGCUCCUUCCAUUCCACGCAUGCAUGCGUGUAGUAUGGAAGCUGCUGCAGUAACACAUUGGCCCUGUUUGGUACAGCUUAUAAGCUGCUUAUGGGCUAUGGCCAACAAUUUUGUUUGGCAUUCUUGUUUUUUGUCAAAA